UCUCCCCCCUUUUACAGAAUGGGUCUCGCGGCCAGGUUAGGAAUAAGGACAAGGCAAGCUAGACUACGACCUCUGCUGCUAGCUUUCGUGACCUAUCUUGGCCUCGUUACCCUCCUGACACACGGUCACACACUGCUCCAUCAGCCCUUGACAGCGCCUUCGGAGGAUGUGUCCGAAGCGAUGUCUUUGUCGUCGUCCUCGUCUUCGCGCCACCUCCUGCAGACGGACGUGUGGGGAGGGGAGAACUGCACCCAGCCGGCGAUUGAGCAGUUCCCACGGCCUCUCAUGUCCUCGGCAGCCAGGAAGAGCGGCGGCCUCAUCCUCCACAUCCUCAUCUCCUUCUACAUGUUCCUCGGCAUCGCCAUCGUAUGCGACGAGUACUUCGUGCCUUCGCUCGAGAUGAUCUGCGAUUGUUUGCAAAUGAGCGAGGACGUUGCCGGAGCGACCUUCAUGGCAGCGGGUUCUUCGGCUCCGGAGCUGGCCACGUCCGUCAUCGCCGUCUUCGUGGCCAAGGACGACAUCGGCAUUAGCGGGGUCAUCGGGUCAGCCGUAUUCAACAUCAUGUUCGUCAUCUCGGUGUGCGCCCUCUUCGCCGGCCAAGUUAUCGUUAUAAACUGGUGGCCGCUGAUAAGAGAUUCCACGUUCUACUGCAUCUCGAUCUGUGGUCUCUUAAUCACCAUUUACAACGAGAAAGUCAACUGGUACGAAUCCGUAUUCCUUCUCCUCCUCUACGUCCUGUACAUCGUCAUGAUGUUCUACAACAAGCGCCUGGAAACCUGGGCGAACACGCUGAACAUCCCCUUCAAGAACGCCACGAGAGAGGAGAAGUCGUCUCUCUUCGGAACCAAGCCCGUGCCUCCUGUUGGGGAAGACAUGAAAGCCGAGAGUGGACAAGAUUCCGAAAAUCCAGCGAUGGAUGGACAAGACGAUGUCGACGUGGAGCAGACCGUGCCUCUUUUACAGACAGCAGAAACGUCUUGUAACAAUGAAAGUCCUGGCGAUGGAGGGCCAUGGACCACUGUGAGUGAUGUCCCGAAGGAGGUGGAGGCGACGGAAGUGGAAUCUGCAGGAGUUAAAUCCAUGGCACCGGAAAUGAAGGAUGAAGACGUAUCCCCUUGGACGAUGCCUGUGGGGGUCGGAGAACGUGCAAGCUGGCUGGUGAAGCUGCCCUUGGUGGCCCUCCAUCACUUCACGACACCAGACUGCCGCCGAGAACGUUUUCGACGCUGGUACUUGGUUACGUUCAUCAUGAGCAUGUUGUGGAUCGCUGCUUAUUCCUACAUCAUGGUUUGGAUGAUAACCGUCAUUGGCUUCACCCUUGGUAUUCCCGACACCGUUAUGGGUCUGACUUUCAUCGCUGUCGGCGUGUCAGUUCCUGAUGCGCUCUCAUCUCUGUGCGUGGCCAAACAAGGUUUUGGUGAUAUGGCUGUGAGUAACGCCAUUGGCAGCAAUGUGUUCGAUAUUCUCCUGUGCUUAGGUCUUCCAUGGUUCCUAAAAACAGCCAUUGUUGACCCUGGUUCCAUUGUCCCAGUCGAAAGUAGAGGCCUCACUUACUCCACUGUCUCCCUCUUCUCCACUGUCGUGUUCCUCAUUGUUGCAACGCACAUGAAUGGGUGGAAGCUGGACAAGAAGUAUGGGAUUGUCCUCAUGUUUUGGUAUCUCAUCUUUAUGGUGUUUGCCAGCCUUUACGAACUCAAUGUUUUCGGAUACUUCAAUCCCCCAGAGUGUGAGAGCAGUUAUUAGGAGGUUGGGAAUGGUAUUAUGUGAUUUACAACAUUAUUGCAGGUGGAGGAGGAUUUUGUCCUUUCCUUUUUUAUCUUGUGUUGCACAGUGGUGGUCUAAAAAUUAAGAUAAGUUGUCAUAAUAAGUCGUGAAUACUAAAAUCCUCUUUUUCAGA